AUGACAAUCGAAGUCGGUUCCGCGGACGCUCCUCUCGAAAAUGUCUCUACCAAGCUUCUUACAGUGUACAGAAAAGGGAAGAGCAUGAUUCACUUAUUAUGCUCCUUCGGCGAGCUGACCCGAAAUCUACGCGAACCUGACGUACAAAGGCGACUCGAACUAGCCAAAAUAAAAGCCAACGCUACUAUUGACUGUUUCGAGCAGGAUAUGCUGAAAGGCUAUAUUAUUCCAAAGUUGACAGUGGCGAUGAAUCCCGUCAUUAUCGAGUCUCUGCUUCUGGGCACAAUCGCUUACGACGCCCAGGAGCUACCAAGGAACGCAUGGCCAGAUUGCUUUGGCCCUGGCAUUUAUGCCGUUGGACUCGCAGUAAGAGGCCGAAGAGGCAAAUUCUUACGCGGUCGCGAGCUUCUCUUAGUCGCGGACGCAAUUGCAGAAUACGCCGACGGCUGGGAUAGCUUGCAAGCCCCAGAUCCAAAAACGCUGCAACAGCAGGACAAAAUCAAGCUGGCACAGAGUAUGGAAGACAGGAUUAUGCAAACAACUCGCAUUUCCAUAGCUCCAAGCUUGCGAUUCAUCACAAACUCCGCUGAUGCUGCAAGAGUCAGACUUCUUGCUGAAAGACUGCAAUUUCGCGCCAAUGCUUCACUAGCCGUCGACCCUAACAGCACUACAAUAAUGGUCCAGAGUCCGCUGUAUAUCGGUUGCUCUACCGAUCUGAAGGAUUGUACAGCUAAAUUUGAGCUGUCAAACGUGACUCGUAUCAACAAGCUUCUAGGACUUACUGUCACAGCCAUGGAGUACUGCCGAUACGAUCCGGUUUUGGCUGUCAAGCCUGUCUUGCGUAUUUGGGAUAAUAACCACUUGCCAGUAGCUGAGCGAAUGGUCUCAGCAUUUGCAAGCUCAUUGGUCGCCUUGGAUGGUUUUAAUGCAACUGAAGCUGGAGGCAAACCAUCCAAUGUGGGUGCUUCCAUGCUGUCAGCGAUCAAACAAAGUGUGUUCUAUUAUGAGCGCUUCCACGCCAAUAAUGUCAGAGAGGCCAGGAAAGCUUUCCAAGAUAGAAUCGACUACUUGGAAAAGGUUUCUAAGUUGGAUCAAGACCAACGCCGCCUCAUAGACAGAGCUGUGGCCCUGAAGGAAGAAUUCGAGUCUGCGAUUCGAGGCCACCGACUUCGAACAUCGAGCGAACGCAUUGCCGAAGUGGCCGAACUGCAGCGCCGGCUGGACGCGAUCGAAGCGCGGGUGGAUGCCUUCCAGAAGAAAGUAGACCUGGCACAAGGACACUUGCAAAACGUGAGGCCGAUCAUAGACUUCUUGAUCAAGAAGGGCUUACUGUCCGAUGCGGCCGACGUUGUUGUUCCAAGGUCGCCCGAAACCACGAGCGACGACCUUCAGUCUGCCUCAGCGAAUGACAGCAUGAUCAUUCAGUGCACUGAUGACACGAUCAUAUGUCGCACCGACAGCCCGAGCUGA